AUGGCGAGAGUCGGGGACGCAGGACUCGAGUCUACCAGCGAGGAUGAUCUCGUCGAGGUUCGCGUCAACAACAGCUCGAACCGCCGCCGAAACGCGCUCGAGUCCUUGCUCAACCCUGCGCGGGAUUCACCCUCAUUCCCUCCCACGCCGCCCGCGAGAUCGAGAUCCCUGCGGCCGACGGUGCGUCUUGCACCUCUGCGCAUGCCGCGGUCGCAAAGGCAGUCGCAGCCUCAGACUCCGCAGAGCACCACGGUCAUCGACUUGACCGACGAGCCAGAUUCGCCGGGACAAGCGAGGCCAUCGCACCCGCCACGUCAGAUGGCACGAAAUCCCCGACGGACAGACUCGCAGCGCACCACGCCGCCGUCCUUGUCAAGGAGCGACAGUACCGCCAUGGGACCCGAAGCCGGCGUCAUCGACCUGACGGCAGACUCACCGCAGGGUGAACGAUCGUUCGAACCCAGAGCCGCCAGAAGUCACCGAAAUCACCUCCACCACCACCACCACCACCAUCAUCAUCAUCAUCCUCGUCGACCUCGGCCGGUUGGGCGCGACGAACUGAUCGAGCUGGAGUUUAUCGACGCCGCUGGUGGUGACAGCUUUUACUCCAAUAUUGCCCGUGGAGUGCGACGCAUGGCGGGCUUCCUGGGAACCGAAUUCGCGGCAAGAGAAUUCAACGUUGCUCCCAUUGAGCUGCCACCCAGCUUCCCCGCCCGAGAGCCGAGUCCCAAGCCCCCAAUGGAACCUGUGCCACCGGUCCGUGAAGGAUUCACGCGCAACACGUCGUCUACGGAGGAGAAGGUGGUGGUGUGCCCGGCAUGCAACGAAGAGCUUGCCUACGACGCGACAGGCACCACGGCACCGCGGGGCACCAGGAAAAGAAAACGGGCUCCCGGGGAGCAUCACUUCUGGGCGCUGAAGAAGUGUGGCCAUGUUUAUUGCGCCGACUGUUUCGAGAACCGACGACCAACAAAGGCGUCUCCAGAAGGAGUAGGCUUCCGCUCGCCACCGGGGAAAACGCUCAUCGGCGCGCCAAACGACAUUCGGUGCGCCGUCGAGCACUGCGACACCAAGGUCGCUCUCAAGACGGAGUGGGUGGGCAUUUUCCUAUAA